AUGCUUUCCGUCACUGAUUUUCUCGAACAAUUAACCACUGCGUCUGAUAAACGUCGGAUGAACAACCCUCCGACUCCGUUACAUCUCCCCGUCCACGAGUUAAUCGCACCGUCAAAGCGCGCCACCAGGUUACUACCAAUUUACGAAAUCUGGAGGCGAAACUACGUCGCCAGCCAUAAAAACGGUAAACCAAAUUACCGUAGACUAAGCAGCCUGGCUUCAAGGAUUUGGCUUGACGAAGGUCCUGCUGUCAGGGCGUAUUUUGUUUUUCUGCAACAAUUGAUGAGGCGAUAUCUGGAUAUUGCUCACAACAGAAGCGGUUAG